AUGGAAAAAUUAGCAAACUUAACUCCAACAGAUAUUAAUAAUGGCGUACUUAGUCGUAUGCUUGUUAAUGCAGGUAUUUCUGAUGUUCAAGAAUAUGUCAAACAUUUUCAUCAAGAAACAGAAGAAUUAAUAAUCGAAGAACUCGAACAUUCCGAUAGAAAUCCAACAGAUAAUGAUGAGCAAAUAGCUCCACCAGCCGAUGUUCAAAGUUGGAUCACAGGUUUACGACUUCGUCUUGAUGAUCCAAUUCAACCACCUUUACCUAAACAACAAGAACCACAAAAACAACAAUCAACAGAUCUCAAAAGUUGGAUGCAAGGUAUGGUACCUAAUGAUAUGUAUUCAUCUGCAGACAAUACUGCACCGGAAAUAACUACCACUUCCAAUGAUGAUGCUACUGUAACUGGUAAUCUAGGAACUUGGCUUAAUGAUUGGUCAAAAAGUCUUAGUGAACAACCACCACCAAAAUCUUUAGAUGAUUGGUUACAAGGUUUAGUAUCUAACAAUAUGCAUGAACCUAUUGGAAAAGCAAAUAAUUCUAAAGCUCGAUUAAAUAGUUACUUGAAUGCUGCUGAAAAAGUACUUUCUGAACAUGGUUAUAAUGUUUCCAAUGAAGUCACACCUCCUACUAAUAUUCAAAGUAAAGUUGGAAUGUUGGAUAAUGUUAGACAAAUGUAUUUUCUUUGGAAAACAUUAGAUAGAAAUAAUGAUAGAAAAAUAACAGUUGAAGAUGUUCAAAUAAUGCUUCAAGAGAUGGGUCUUGGUUUUCUUAGUAAAUAUGUGGGUCAAACAUUGUUUGACAUGGUCGAUUCAAAUCAUGAUGGUACACUUCAAUUUCGUGAUUUUAUUGCAUUAAUGAGCAUCAUCAAACAAUUGAUGACCGCUGUUGGAUCAGCAUCAACAUAG